AUGGACAAGAGCUAUUAUGCUGGAUUAGCCAAGGAAUAUAUUGUUGAGUUAGACUGGACGGUUCGCGGCUAUCUCGACUUUGUCAAGUCAAAACAUCCAGAUGUUGGUUCAACAGAUCGUCACAUGGUGGAAGCAGCCCUAAAAGGAAGGUUAAGAGCGAUUGCAGGCAAAGGGAAAGGAAUUAAAAAAAGGUCAAAAGCAUCAUCUGUUCUUGCAGAUUUCAAGGAUAUCUUGAAAUCCCGGGUGGUAGCUUCGUUCUGGGAAGCACAAGAUGAAAUGCAUGAUAAGCAUUCUGCUCUCACAACUAUCAGACAGGAAGGGAUAAAAACUGCUGUUGCUGCUAUUCAAAACCAAGCAGAAAUACUGAGAGCAGCUUUGCAGUCAAGUUCAGAUAAAGUUUGUUGCAACAAUGCCCCUUCCAGCAAGCAAAGGAUUGACCAAGAUGAGGAUGGCACACACAAGCACAUUCAUGCAGAAGGAAUACCAGCUCUUGAAGAUGCUGAAGAAGUGGAUGGUUUUUAUCAGUUGAGGACAUCAUUACCAAUGCCACUAUCACUGAGCCUGCAUAAUGAAACCUUUACCAGUCCACAGAAGCUGAUGCUGCACAAGGAUACCUUGCACUAUUUGCAUAAACAUGUGAAAAUCGGCAUCAAUGAACAAUGUAUCAUAUUAAGGCAUGGGGAAGGUGACCAAUGUGCAGCAAUGGCAAGGGUACUGCAUAGCUGGUUAGUGAAUGUUCUGUUGUCUGAAAAAGAAAACUUCAAAAAUGCCAUAAUGACCCCUCUGGAACCUGUAGCAAGCACUAGUCAUAAUCAGUUUCGGAGAGUCUGUGAGAUAAUCCUUUAUGACUUCUUUUCAAUGACUAGUGAGGCAAUACUUGACCAGAACAUUGGAAAAAGAAAGUAUAUGAUUGAAAGGAUUGUCCCUCUCUUCAAGGCAAUCCAGUCUGUAUACAAGGAGUAUGCAUUUGACUGGAUUGAGACAGAGGUUACAAGCAUCAAGGAUGCCAAGGCAGAUGGAAUUGGUGUAAAACUUGGAAGCAACAAGGAACAUAUUUUUAUUGAAGUUGCAGGAGGUCCUGAAAACACUACAGAAAAGCAUGCAAAUGACAAUGCAGAAAAGCUCAUUAAGGAAGCCAUCUUUGGACUAGUGUCUCUGCUGCAAGACUAUUUAAAUAAGAGUGCAGAGGCAGUUAGGGAUGUUGGCACCUUCAUAGUCCAAGUUAUUGGUGACCAAAUGACAUUGAGCAAGCUUUGCCUGGAUGGAAAACACUCUUACAGUUUAUCUCAGAUCAAGUCAGCAACCAUACCAUUUUGCUUUGAUGAGGUCAAAAAAUACAUGGAAGUUUUUGAACUUCUUUAUACUUUAGUGAGUGCACUGGAAAAUCAAGCACAUAGGUUGAAGAGGCUGAGGCUCACCAGUUUCACUGGUGAUGCACCUAUGGUUCAUGAAUGGUUGUGGGUUCCAAACUCAAUUGCAGUGUAG